GCAGGCAGAGAAGUAUCCCACUCGAACCGCAGUUUUACAGCCAGUCUAAUGCCAAGAACCGUCCCGAUCUAUGUGAACCUCGAGAUCCUGCGACACGGUACCUGUAUCGAAGACCAGCUGAUCAGGAUGUCUCCUCUAGAGUGUCCCUGUGGAGUUCGCUUCGCCACGCUUGAUGCUUCCCUUCCCUUUCCUCCCGUCUGAGGAAACAGCGGAUGGAACAGCAACAGUUAUGCCGAACUAUGUGAGGUCGGGAAGAGGUUUGGAUGGGAUGGGAUGGGACUCACAGGAGUAGAAGGAUGGGAGCUCGAGGAGUCGAGGGGUGUGAAACAGACACAUGUUCGCGGCUCGUCCUUCGUCCUUUCGCGGCUGGCUUCUGAGAGCGCGUCGGUUCGGCGCCGCGGCUACUCUGUUUCCCGGGUCGGAGAACAGAUGCCGCCGGUGUUUGAUUCUGACUUGCCCUUUUCAAAUCACUAAUAAGUAUCCCCGAAUGCCAAGACCGCGGCUCCUCGUGAACUUGCAUGAGAGUCCUCAGCUCGUGAUGAGAAGUCUGAGUCUGGACUGUACACUGCGUUAUCAAGGCGAGGGUUCCAGACCUCAAGCAGAAUCUUUGGACCACCGGCAGUCUGGGCCCUUCGAACCCAGGAGAAUGGUUAACAGACGCAAUGACUCCCGUCCUGCAGCCUUAACGGGCCCUUUCAAGCGACUCUCACCUGAAAUGCACUGUCGCUCACGCACUCUAGAAAAGAAAGGAAAGAUAAGAGAAGUGUGGGAAAAACGUGCUUCCUCAGAGGGAGCCGAUUGGAUUGGAGCUAGAGUUAGACGCAGUGUGUCUUGGAUUAAGCGAGAUGGUCGAAGUUCUAGCUAUGGGAAAGACAAGUAACUUGUUAUGGCUUGUGGCUGAUGAGUGG